AUGUGGCCGGCUUAUCGCGGGAUGAAGUUGGCCAGUGUGGUCGGGUGCGGUACGGUGCGCUCGAUAUCGGUACCAUUACUGUGGGACACGUUGCACCCGGGUGUGUGGUGCGUGGGCUUUGCACAGGUGGGCUUGGCGGUGUGCAAGUGUGCGGGUAUAAGGUAG